AUGCAGCUACUCAAGUCCGAGGCCGACGACAUAAUCACCUAUGGCGGAAAAGUCAACAGGGCAUGUGAAGAGUUCGAGUUCCAGAAUUUGAAGAUUGAUCACUUCAAGUGCUUGAUUUUUGUCUGUGGUCUCAAAGCACCACGCUACGCGGACAUUCGAGCAAGGCUUCUAUCCCGGAUUGAAGGUGAAACGGCUGAUGCUCCGGUGACAAUUCAAACUCUGAUCGCCGAGUUCCAGCGGCUCGUCAACAUCAAGUCGGACACUACGAUGAACGAACAUCCAUCAAGUUCGAAGAAUUCGGUCCAUAGCAUUUCGGAGAAGAAACCCGGAAACCAGCAUCGUCCACUGAAAACGGAAAGCAAGUCCACUCCUCGUACUCCAUGCUGGCAGUGUGGUCAAAUGCACUACGUCCGCUACUGUAGCUGCAUCAAGAAGUCUUCAAGCGACUCUUCAACUCAACCUCGAGAGAAGAAGCAGUUCCAGAAGAAGGCCAGUCCCAGAUCUCAAGCCAAGGGAAUAUUCGUGAAGCACAUCGCAAACAGUAACCGAAAACGCAAAUAUGUGACCAUCAACAUCAACGGUGUCAUGACUUCGCUACAACUGGAUUCUGCAAGUGAUAUCACGGUGAUUUCCAAGAAAACUUGGCAGCAACUGAGACGACCAAAGCUAACUCCAUCAUCAAUCGAAGCCUCCAACGCAUCUGGUGAACCACUCGCUCUCAUCGGAGAAUUCCAUUGUGAAGCAGUCCUCAAUGACAUGGUCAAGCGUGGUCAGUGUUUCGUAACGUCAUCACCAGAUCUCAACGUAAUGGGUAUUGAUUGGAUCGACAUGUUCAACCUGUGGUCGUUUCCGUUCGAUACUCUCUGUUGGGCACAGCCAACAGACACGAACGAACACGAUUUUUCUUGUUGGCUCACUGCCAACGAGAUCGACGGACAGACUGAUUGUUGGCCACUGCCAACGAUGAACACGAACUAUGCUUCGUUGACCCACUGUCAACGACAAGCGAUGGAACGGAUUGCUGCUCCCGGAACGGAGUGGGCACUAGUUCUGCUGGUGAAGCCACUUACCACACGAUAUCGGAAGUUCUGA